AGUCGCUAUGUGGAACGCCUAAAAGAGUAAUUCAGACGCUGUGAACGCUUAAUGGAAUGCACCCUGGAAUAACAACUAAGUUUCUAUUUCUUCUUAGAGUAUGUCACGAAGCAUACCCUAUGUUCUGUGGUUAUGUUUACAUUAACGUGUAUACAACUUCUAUGGCGUAAGGUCUCUUAUAAAUAAAAAUUUUACAAUUUUAAAAAUGCGACUCUGAUUUAUUGAGAUAAGAAUACAUUAGUUUUAAUUGUCUAAUAGAAACACUGCUACGAAACGUCUAAUUAUCAAGCAAUAAAGUUUGAUUUCUUGAGUUGUCUCAAAUUUGAGUAAUUUAGUUAUACUCACAGCUGUUCAGAGGAAUGAGUUUUGAACCAAAACUUAAAAAUUGGGCUCCAUGUGCGAACCUUUUUUCAGAAUCGAAGGCGAAUAACUAUGCUAUUCUUAUAUUAAAUACACCAAUUAACUUUAGCUUUAACCCAAGUUUUGUGGUUAGAUUAUGGAAACAAGCUAAAGUUAGAGUUACAGUAGACGGUGGAACAGAAAGGUGGUUAACAUGGUUGACAAUGAAUAAAGAAGAGUUCAAAGACAUACCACAUCCAGACCUAAUCACUGGAGAUAUGGAUUCAAUAAAUCCAGUGGUAUUGGACUAUUUUAAACAGAUAAAAACAACAGAAAUAGUUACUACUCCAGAUCAAAAUGAAAUAGAUUUUUUGAAGGCUUUGAAAGAGCUAUUGACCUACUGCAGUGCACACUCAAUGAAGUUGGAUACAAUCUAUGUGCUUGCUGAUACUUGUGGUAGAUUAGAUCAAGUAAUGGCAAAUCUUAAUGUACUAUACAAAGCCAAAUAUUUUUGGAAUGAUGUUGAUAUUUUCCAAAUAGCAUCUUCAUCUUUAAGCUGGUUAUUAGAUGAAGGAAUUCAUGAAAUACAUUUACCUCAAGAUUUAAUAAAUAGUGAAGAUUGGUGUGCUCUUUUACCAAUUGGAACACCCAGUAUCGUUACCACAACAGGGUUAAAAUGGAACCUAGACAACACGGCUCUUGAAUUUGGUGGUUUAAUUAGUACUUCAAAUACAUAUGGUGGUUCUACAACAAUAUCUAUUAAAAACAAUUCUCCGUUAAUAUGGUCUAUGAGUAUAGAAUCUCUAUUAUAGCACAAAGUACUUUUAUUUAGCAUAUUUUUAUGUGUAAUAGUAUAUACUGGUUAAUAAGAAGACUUUUGUAGACAAAUGCCAAAGAGAAUAUGACAAUUAGAAAAAAUUAUGGUAUAUUUAUGUAGAGAGAUAUUCUAUAUAAUUUUUAGUUAAAUGAAAAUGAUCUUUGUAGAAUCGGUAACUAAUUACACAAUAAAAAUUUCAUUCCUAUUUUACAAAAAUUUACAAAUUUAUUGUAAUAGUAACUAACUUUCAAAACUAUUUUUCAUAUUUUUUGACAGGAGAUCUUAAGUUGAUAUUUUGAUAGUUUGUUAUAUAAGAACACAUUUUAACAUUCCUACUAAAGAAUUGUAAAAAUAUAUUUAUUAACUUCUUCAAGUGGCCUUGACAAAAUAUUCACAACCAAAUUUCUUUUACUCCUUGGCUUUGGGCAAAUCUGCAUGAUUUACAUAUCGAAACCAUCACUUCUGAAAAAAUGUUUAGUUUAUAUAGUUUUAGAAAGAUAAAUAAGUUUCUUAUUAGUAGAUUCUUCGUGGUUUUUGUUAUUGAGCACAAUAAUGUUGUUUCAUAUCUACUUGGAACAAUAAAAUUGGGAAUAAAAAUAUGCCUUUAGUUUUUGAUGAUAUGCAUUGGUCAUUGGGCGGUACUUCAACACCUUUUCCAAUUAAUAGCUAACAGAACAUGCUCUAGUUAUCUCAAACUUAUGUAUCUAUAAAGAACUUAUGCACAUCUACCAUAGGGCUAUUUUUCAUAUAUUUGCAAGCUUCAAAUUUGCUUGCGAUAUGGAAUGAUCUAUAGACAUAAUUUCCACUAUCUAAUACAAGAGAAGAACUAAUAAAGGCAAUCAACAAAUUGGAAACAGGAGCAGGAAAAAUCGGUCUAGAAAUAAACCAAAUACAUGAAGAUAGCAAAACAAGACGAAAGAGGAAUAAACCUCCUAAGGACACAGAAAUUCGUAAUUAUCUCAUACUUAAAAAGUUAAGGAGCAGGUGAGAAGUAGAUGGGUGGAUGUUGUAUGGUGCUGUAGUACUCUUGCUCCAUAUGUCACACCAAAAUUCUUGACUGAUAAAAAAGUGUCCUUUAUUAGUUUCGAGGUAAUUAAACGUGUUCAAUAUUAUUUCCCUUGCUUCCAAGCUUUUUUCCACUCAUGUUUUGUAUUCUCUGCAACUUCUUCGUAGUUGGCGUUUGCUUUACUUUAUCAUGAAUCAGUAAAUAGAUUCUUCAUUAAUCCAUUUCUGCAAACAAUAUUAUAAAAUCUAGUCAAGGUAAAUAUAAUAGUAUGAAAAUUUUGUUGUUUAGACAUUUUUGUUCCUAAUGGUAGGUGCAUGAAAUACCUUAAAAAAUCUGUGAUUAGUUAUGGUGAGAUAUUUUAAUUAUAAAUUUUUAAAUAAAACCUUUAUCCUUGGAAAUUUCUGUUAUUUGGAGUGUUUGAUAAUUAAAUAUAAUCUUUCGAAACUAAUAUAAUCAUAUUCAUAUUUUUCAAUUUAUUCCUAUAAAUAUUAUUAUUAGUUGUUACUUUACUUAUUUCUCUUGCUCCAAAGCUUUUUCCACUAUGGUUUCGUAUUCUCUGCAACUUCUUCCUAGUUGGCAUGCUCUUUACUUUAUUAUAAAUCAGUAAAUAGAUUCUUUAUCAACACAUUUUUGCGAACUAUAUUAUAAAAUCUGGUCAAGGUAAAUAUAAGAGUAUGAAAAUUUUGUUGUUGACGUUUUUGUUCAUAUUGGUAGGUGCAUAAAGUAUCUUAAAAAAAUCUGUGAUUAGUUAUGGUUAGAUUUUUAAUUAUAAAUUUAUAAAUAAAACCUUUGUUCAUGAAAA